AUGGAAGAGGGACGGGCAGACUGGCUCGACACUCCAGCCCAGAACCCGCAGCGAGGUCAGGAUUCAGGCUCCACAUCUACCAAAGGAGCGUCCAAAGCCCGACGGGACCACAUCAAUCAUGAGAUCCGGAAUAUGCGCGCCCUGUUGCCCGUCACCCAGGAGAACCAAGAACGUCUCUCCUACCUGCACUCCAUGUCCGCCAUCUGCGCCUACAUCAGGAAGUCUGUUCUCUUCCAGGGACUCCCUGCUGAGGCGAGAUCCUGCUGCUCUCUGCCGUACGAGGCCUUCCUUCCAGCCCUGCACGGCUUCAUCCUGGUUACUACCUCACAGGGGAGGCUGGUCUACGUGUCCGAGAAUGUAGAGGAAUAUCUCGGUCUGUCCAUGAUAGAUGUGCUGCAAGGAGACACUUUCUACGACAUGGUGGAACGCUCUGACAUUAAUAUUGUGAAAUCAAACCUGGACAUUGAUCACAACUCUCCAUCAGAGAGGAGCUUUAUAUGUUGUAUGCAAACCUCCAAGGCCUUCAAGCUGCAACAUGGCAGCUGCUGUUCCAUGACGGUCAGAGGGAGCUUCCAGUCGUUCCCUCAGCCGUGGCUGUCCUCCUCUUCGGUCUGUCCCACCAGCCAGCUACUGUUUGUGGCCCUCUGCACCCCCACGGCCAACCGCCUGCAGAACUGCGACUCCCACUCCUGUGACGGCUUCAACAGUGCCCACCGACUCGAUAUGACCUUCACUCAGCUGUCAGACAGCGUUUUAGAUUUGUUGGGGUAUUCGCCAGAAGAAUUGACCGGUCGAUCUUGGUACAGUCUCAUCCACCCUGAAGAUCUGUCUCUGAGUGCAGAUUCUCAUAGAAGUUUAAUGCGGGCAGAUGAGGGCUUCCAGGCGGAGAUGGUGCUCAGACUCCAGUGCAAAGAUCUGUCGUGGACCUGGAUCUACAGUCGAGUUAACAAGGAAGCAGAGUGCCAGGGCAUGAGCUGCACCAACUUCAUCAUCAGUGAAACGGAGGCCCGAUUUCUGCAGAAGAAAGUCAGCAGCGAUGCGUUCAGGCCAUUGCCUCUAGAAAACGUUGCGGAUCAACAGGCCCCUCACUCUCCGACCUCCAUCAACACAGAGUGCUUUAAAAGACGAAGGACGUCCAGCAGCCAAAGCGACGAGCCAGGUGCCAAAGUGAGGAGGGAGACCGAGAUAUGCUAUGUGACGUGCGAUGGCUCACCUGCUCCCUCGGGAGAGAGCCUUGCUCUCUUCACCCCUCCCUACAGCCCGGCCUCCUCCAGCUCCACUCUGCAGCAGGAGGAGCUCAGCCAUGACAUCCUGAUGGAUGUGCAUGGAUACACAGAUCAGCUGCUGUCCUCCCCUGAGUGCUCUCCUUCCUAUUACUCCUACCCAGAGGCGGAGCUCACCUGUCACCAUUCACCCUCCAGCUCCCUCGCUUCAGCCGCUGAACAGACAUUUGACCGCGCGGCCUUCGGCGCCCGCUCCCCAGCCUUCUCCUCAUCUCCGAACUAUGAUUUCCAAGUUUGUACGGCUGAUGCUCGAUUAGUUCCAGACUGCCCGUCCAUGUCGGACAUGUGCAAGAGCCCAGUGGACUGCGCUCUGCAUCACGACGACUUCAGCCUCCUCGAGCAACCACAAGGGGGCGACCUUGUCCAAGUGCAUCAUGUCCCCUACCACGCGGUGCCCACACACUCCAUCCUUCUCACCCCCAGCCAAUCUCCCACAUCCACAGAGACGCUGCCUUACAACGAGAGGGAGCAGGCAGAGAUCAGUAUUCUGGCUCAGCAGAUUUCCUCCCUGGCCAGCAGCUUCGCCAUGUACCACACGCACAGCCCGCUUCAGAGCGUGAACCCACCUUCAACCACCAACACCACGGUGACUUCGGCCUGCGACUGGCCCCGCCACGCUCCGCUCCCUUCAGCCCUUCCUCUCAAGCGCCAGCUGGUCCUUGACGACGGUGUGUUCGACAGCAUCCUAAGGGGCGCGAGGAAAAGCGGCACGUCCUGCCCCGACGCUGCAGCGUCCGGGUACCAGCACGGCUUGUUGCACUGCAGGAAUCGGUCCCUUCAGUCGGAGCCGGAGCCCCUUGGCAUCUCCCCGACCAUCACAGAGGAACCGCUGCCUGCAGAGCAAUUCACUGCCAUGGAUCCCUUCAGUUUGCAGUUGGGAUGCCAUGAGCAAAACACUGGGUUGCAUCAACUCAACCACUAUAUGCAGAGUGGCCUUCAGCAAGAUGAACUUGCAGAAGAAAACCUGUACUGAAAUAAGUCUGUGACUUACUGUACUACCACGCGUAUGACAUAUUGUCAGGGCAAUCUUCAAAGACAUUUCGAGGACGUGUUUGCUGAGUGUUCCCUCAAAAGACUUAUUUCUGAAAGUUGAAAAGCAACUAAAGUAGAUUACUUGCUCUUCAAGGCGACAUAUUUGUCUUCAUGUAUCAACACUGCUGUUGACUGUUUUGCUUCUGUUUUAUAUUUUAUAAAAAAGGUACUUUCAACAGAAACUUUUCUGACAUCACUUAAAUACUGAAAUGGAGGUAUAUUUGUAUUCCAAUGUUGAGUGACCACAUUUUACUAUUGAGCACUUUAUCAAUGUCAUUGCCACACGGAUUUUAUAAUGGAGAAGGCAUUCUGAUUUCAACGGAAUAUGACCUUGUAUUUCAAAGCUACCUUGAUUAGCUUUAAGUCAUACAUUAUUCCUUACAAUGAGGAGCCAUUUGUAAAUGUUUGGUUUUAGGUGCCUUAAAAAUGGGAGGGGAAGACACUAAUCAGUUUGUCAAAAAAUAAUAAUACUAUUUGUCUUUUUCUCAGUGGGCCAUAAAUGCUUUAAUGUUGUAAUGAAUGAAUAAAUCAGUCAGCGAGAUGAUUGUUAAACACCUACCUCGGUACACCUAAAUACAUUCCAAGUCUGAAUUUUAUGAAUUAAUUGUAUUUAUUUGUAACUUCAAUUUCAUGUAAUAGUCUUAACAUGUUUUUAUUUUACUGCAAUGUGAAUCUUAAACUUAAUUUUGUCCUUCCCACAUUAGUACAGUAGGCUACUGCACGUGUCUGAAUGUCCAACGUUAUUGUGUUACACCAAACAUGUAACAACAACAAUGUAAAUAAAUCAAAUGAAAAAUACA